AAAAAUAAAUAAAAGUAACUACAUAAUUAUGUACUAUAUUAACACAUUUAAAAUUGAUAAGAACAGUUAAAAUGAAUAUGCUUUCUAAUACGCAUUGCUGAAAUAGCUUGUAACGAAUAGAUCAAUGUAUUAGACAAAAAACAUUAAACAAACUCUCAACAACACCACGUCCGCACCUUCGCCCCAGCAAGGACGUAGGUGCGGCGAACGAACAAACUACUGCACGACUACUCUCACACCGUACUCUCAAGACAACGACACAAACACGACUCCCCUCUCCACUCCAUGCCACAUUCCCCUUCCAACAUACGAGUUGCGCGAUAAUAUGAGUCAUCAUACUGUGUCUCCACCUGCACGAUGCAUCAAGGUCACACUUGCAAGCUUGCACAACCAUUCACAAUCGCACUCUGCAACAUUCACAAUUCAGAUCUGCAACGCUCACAAGUAUCAACAUACACUGGUCCAGACAAGGAGACACACAGACAAACAUACAAUAAAACAUUUACAUCACAUGUUUUAAGCGUACUACUUUGUUUAGCGUAGCGUGUGUUUGUUUGGUUUCAUUGUUUACAUCGUCAGUCGGCGGCAGUCGCAUCGCGUUCUACCUGUGCUUCGACCUCACUUCUUUCUACAUCACCAUGCCGAAAGAAACCGGGAAAAGGAAGAAAGUCGUCCUUACCAUACAGCAGAAGCUGGAGAUAUUGGACAAGCUGAAGGCGGGUCAAUCGGGAACGUACAUCGCCCACGAAUAUGGCAUUGGGAAUUCUACUGUUACGGACAUCAAAAAGACAGGGCCACAGUUAAGGCAGUUCACUCAGAAGCAUCUCCCAGCUGUCUUCCACCACAAGAACAAAGAUUCAGGACCGAGGACCAUGAAGCUGGGUAAAUACCAAAACCUAGACGAGGCGUUGUUCAAGUGGCAGCAACAGCACGUAUCUUCUGGAUUGCCAGUGCGGGGUGUAGAUCUACAGUCUGCAGCGGAAACCCUGGCAAACGAUUUAGGUAUUAAUGACUUCAAAGCUUCUACUGGGUGGCUCGUUAGGUUCAGAAAGCAUCAUCUUUUAGCAAACAAGAGGGUCUGUGGAGAGAUUACUAGUGCUGCUAUCGAUGUUGUGGAGCCUUUCCUCAACGAUUUUUGGAAAUUAGUGAGUGACGAAGGACUGCUAACCCAUCAACUCUACAAUUUUGACGAGACCGGACUAUUCUGGAGGGCACUGCCCAACAACACACAGGCAAGCAUAGCUAUUAAGGACGCGCCAGGAAGGAAGCUGGACAAGGGCCGCAUUUCCGUCUUGUUUGGCGCUAAUGCUGACGGUACACACCGGGUUACACCAGUUGUGGUUGGGAAAGCAAGGAGGCCCCGUGUGCUGAAGGACUGCAUGGACCACCUGCCUGUCCACUAUUUUUCUUCAGCAAAGGCUUGGUUCACCUCUGGCAUUUUCAAGGACGUGUUUCACAAGAUCAUUGUCCCUUCCAUCACCAAGCACCAGAUCACCGAACUGAAGACGACACCACACAACGUGAAGGCUUUAAUCCUCCUCGACAAUGCCCCUGCCCACCCUGCCAAGGAGGAUUUAGUGUCACGAGACGGCAGGAUCCGUUGCAUGUUUUUGCCCGCCAACACCACCUCAAUCAUCCAGCCAAUGGAUCAGGGCGUCAUACAAGCAGUAAAGAUGCGCUACCGCCGGCACUUUAUGCAGGAAAUUCUGUGUGUGACGCUCACGGGGGAAGAAGGAGACACCAGAGCCCAGAGGACAAUAGCAAACCUCAAGAGGUACAACCUGAAGACAGCAAUCUACAACCUUGAGAAUGCGUGGAAACAGGUGCCCCCUUCUACACUGGCCAAUGCCUGGAAUCCCCUGCUACGAGGCCAUGAGGAUAUGCGAGAAGUGUUUGAAGGAUUCGACCGGGAGGUGCGAGAGGUGAAGGAGGGCCCUGGGUGAUUACGAGAUAGUUACAGAGGAGGACGUCCAGGAGUGGCUCACUGUGGAUGAGGGGGACCCAGGUUACGCUCUCCAAUCAACCAAAGAAAUAGCUGAGGAAGUGAUGCACGGCCAUGACAACGAUGAUGAUGACGACGACGACGAUGAUCCUUCUGAUCCUUCCAUGUCUUUGGCAACAGUCCGGUCCUACAUCGAAGGAGUGCUUCAGUUUCUUGACCAGCGACCCAGGGACAUUUCAAAUAACAAUCAACUGUACCCGAUGAUGCGAGCAGCACUGAGUGACGUCAUCGAGAAACAGCUGUCUUGCAACAAACAGACUUCUAUCACCUCGUUUUUUCAGCCAAGAACACCUUCGUCCACCCAGUCUUCUCGCCCUUCAUCAAGUGCCUCAUCCUCCUUGUCUACGUUUGAUUUGGACAGUGAAGAUGGAGCAAUGGACGAUCCGUCAGGAUAGUGGAAGAUAUACGUAUGUAUAGAAUAAUUCUUGUUCUCUGUUACGUAUCAUCAGGAUAGUGGAAGAUAUAUGUAUAGAAUAAUUCUUGUUUUCUGUUACGUAUAAGGUAUGUACGUCAACACGAAAUAAAAAAAUAAAAAAUAAAUUGUUUUCCAUCCACAACACAAUUUUUUUUAGAUAAAAAGCAGCAGCGACAGCAUCCUCAUCCAUCCUGGCUAAUGGUCUGUCCAUACUAGCUACAUGUGUUCUAAUGAGAAAAUAAGAACCAAGGUGCAAGAUCAAAGUGAUAUUCAUCCAAACGAGAAAGCAAGACACAAUGCCGACGAUCAAACUGGCGGCGAUCAAAAUGGCGGCCAUAAAUCCGGAUUAACCGAAAAAUCGGCUUAUCCGAAAGAGGCUUCCCCCCUUCCAUUUCGGAUAAUCGGGGUUUU